AUCACCCCUAUGUGACCCCACUCCCAAGUCCCCAAAACCAAACACACCCCUUUUGGCUCCCACCGUACGGUGACUUCUUUUAUGCGCCGAUAACAAACAUCUCCGACUACGACUUCUCCGAUCUCUGUCUCCGGACGUCUCUGCUGCAAGCUACACUGACAUCAUCAUCGUCUUUCACUUAUCACCUGCACCAAUCACCGGCAUACCCUACUCCUAAUUUGGGGCUUCGGAUUUUCAAGGCUUAGGGUUUUAAGUUUUGUGUCUCAUCUUCCUGGAAGGUCAAAUGAGUAGCUCUAGGGAGACCUCACCAGAUUGGCUUCGUUGUUUCCAGGAAUUUCAAGCAUUUACAGUAACACACAAAAAAAUUCGUGCAUCUGUGUCGUGAAAUUGUAUUUGGACUGAAUCGAGAUGCAUACCGCCAGUGCUCGCGUGUGUAGAUCUGCUGGAAUUAAAGAACUUAUUCAUGGACUGUGAUGAUACCUAGAAUAAAUUCUAAGUAUGAGCUCGGGUGCGGAGGUCAGAUAAAAUGGCCAGAACUCCGUGAUCCAGACCUCGAGCUCCACUCAACAAGCUCCCUUAAAGGAGGCUAUAAGGGAAAUGAGAAGGAAAUAGCUGGUCAACGGAAGGCACCUCCGAAGCAACAGAAGGCUAUGAUCGAGGCACUAAACUCUCAACUGACCAACAUCAUCUCCCAAAAUCAAGGGAGAUCCUGCAGAUGGAAGGCACCAACUCAAUCAGCUCUAUCAUUGUCGUUGGCCUCCCAGUCUCCUCCAGAGGACAACACUGUAAGCGAGGAUGAGGAUAGUUUGAGUAUCAAAAAAUUAAUCCAGAAAGAAACAUCUCAUUCUUCUGAGAAAAACAACUCCCAAGACACUGGGGAGUCUCCAGUUAAUAAUACUCUAAAAGCAAAGUGCCGCAGCAAGAGUAAAAAUAAGAAAGCAGAUCUCACACCUUCAAAAAAGAGGAAAAGAGACAAAGAAGGGAAUGGGGUUGAUGGGGAAGUUGCAAAGAAAGAGACGUCUGUGAAGACUACAAAACCUCAUGAAACAAAGCAUCCAGUUUGGACAUUGUCAUCAGAUUCUGAAUCUUCUCCUGAUACCAUCUCUGUAAGGGAGCACAACUCACAUCAUGAGGAAUUAUCUGCACAUGAGAUUGGUGGACAGUCUUCACUUAAGGAGGCCUCUAAAGUGAAAUCUCCUAAAAAACAGCUCAAAACAGAGGAUCAUAUACCCAAAAAAAGGCAGAAAUUAAGCAGCCAUAUGAACAAAGAAGGUAAUGAUGGUGAAAUGGAGCUUGUGGAAGAUGAAAUAACCGAGAAGCAUAUUGGACCUUCUGUUUCCUCUUCAAGGCUACCUUUGGUGCUGUCUGAGAAAGUGCAGCGCUCAAAGGCACUUGUGGAGUGUGAAGGUGAAUCCGUAGAUUUGAGUGGCGAUGUGGGUGCUGUUGGACGGAUAAUUAUUUCAGAUAACCAAUCAGGGAACCAGGAAAUGCUCUUAGAUUUGAAAGGAACCAUAUACAAAACUACCAUUGUUCCUUCGAGGACAUUCUGUGUUGUUAGCUUUGGUCAGUCAGAAGCAAAGGUAGAGGCUAUCAUGAAUGACUUUAUUCAGCUGAAACCACAGUCUAAUGUCUAUGAGGCUGAAACCAUGGUGGAAGGAACACUGGAUGGAUUCUCAUUUGAUUCAGAAGAUGAGGCUGACAAGAUGCCUAAAGUCGUUACUCAUCAAACUGACCAGAAUGAGGAAGCUGAGAAGCAAUCCAAUGGAAAACCUAGAAAAAAGCCGAGAAAACCUCGGGGGCAGCACGGAAAAAGGGGAAAACUGCUGGAGGGAAGUCGCAGAAGAAAGUAAAAAGGAAACCUCAAGUUUCAAGGAAAGGGAAGACAAAGAAAUGAGAGAUGAACGUAUAUUAUGCUUUUUUUUAAAAAAAAAAAAAAAAUUCCUCAAUUUUGUUUUAUUUUGCUAUUUUUAUGUAUUCUAACCGAACCAGCAAAUCUCAAAACGGCUGACAGCAGUUUUCAUAGGUAGGGACGAACUAGAGAAACCACUGGAUUACUGUCUAGUGAAAAUUGUUGUAAUAGAGGUGCGUUUUGUG